GAGAAAAGAAGAGGUGAGAGAGAAAGAGAUAGAGAGAGAGAGAGAGAGAGAGAGAGAGAGAGAGAGAAUGGAGUGGAGGAAGAGCUAUUUGGACUUGAUGCUCGUGCCCUGUGGGCUACUUCUCAGCAUUUUGUACCAUGGAUGGCUGUGGCAUAAGGUUAGAACACAACCCAAGAGCACAAUCAUAGGUAUCAAUGCAGCUGGUCGACGGUUAUGGGUGCUCGCCAUCAUGAAGGACAACGACAAAAAGAACAUCCUAGCCGUCCAAACACUCCGAAACACAAUCAUGGGCGCCAGCCUGAUGGCCACCACCUCCAUCCUCCUAUGUUCCGGCCUCGCCGCCAUCCUCAGCAGCACAUACAGCAUCAAGAAGCCACUCAAUGACACAGUCUACGGUUCCCACGGCGAGUUCAUGAUGGCCCUCAAGUAUGUCACACUCUUCAUGAUCUUCCUCUUCUCUUUCCUGUGCCACUCCCUCUCUAUCAGGUUCGUGAAUCAGGUGAACUUCCUGAUCAAUACCCCACAAGAUCUUGCGGUCGUAAUGACACCAGAGUACGUGGCCCAUCUACUGGAGAAAGGAUUCAUCCUCAACACUGUAGGGAAUAGACUGUUCUAUGCAGCACUUCCACUUUUACUUUGGAUAUUAGGGCCUGUGUUAGUGUUCUUGUGCUCAAUUACCAUGAUACCCAUAUUGUACAGUCAUGAUAUUGUGUAUGGGGAUGUUAAUAAGGAUAAAAAUGGUGGGCAAAUCGAGGAAGUGAGAGAGAAGGGUUUCACUGUAGUGUGAGAAAUAUAUUAGGGUUUUGAGACAUUAGUGUUUUGAAUUUGUAUAUGGUUGUAUUUGAA